AGGUACGUCUUGCUGCCCAACAAGCUGCCCCCGAAGCGCUUCGAGGCGCAUCUGGAGGUUCACGCAGGCUCCGUGGACGAGCGGGAGGACGAGCAGGGUGUUGCCCACCUCGUGGAGCACGUGACCUUCCUGGGCAGCAAGCGGCGUGAGGACCUGCUGGGUACGGGGGCGCGUGCUAACGCCUACACGGACUUCCACCACACGGUGUUUCACGUGCACGCGCCCGCCGUCAACAGCAUCACCGGACAGCCCAUGUUGCCGCAGGUCUUAGAGGCACUGGAGGAGAUCGCCUUCCACCCCCAGUUCGCUGCAUCCCGCAUUGAGAAGGAGCGCAAGGCGGUGCUGGCGGAGGCGCAGAUGAUGAAUACCAUCGAGUACCGCGUGGACUGCCAGCUGCUCACCUACCUCCAUGAAGAAAAUGCCCUGGGGUGCAGGUUCCCCAUCGGGCUGACCGACCAGGUCAAGUCCUGGCCGCAUGAGACUCUGCGGGGCUUCUGGGAGCGCUGGUACUUCCCCGCCAACGUCACCCUCUUUGUGGUGGGGGACCUGGAGAGGAGCACACAGGAGACAAUACGGCUCAUAGAGAAGGUGUUUGGCAGGGUGGCCCCGGGAAGGGAGCGGCUGCCGGCAAUGGCGGCGGCGGCGCUGCCGCCCCCCCUGCCGCUGGCCGCGGCGGCAGCGGCCGCCGGUGUGCACGGCAACGGGAAUGGGAACGGGAAUGGGAACGGCGCCGCCGCUGCCGCUGCCGGGCAACAGCAGCAGUUAGGGCCGUUGAAAGUACGGCAUGCCAUACGGCCGCCUGUGGAGCACAAAUGGGGCUACGGGCCGCUGGCUCUAGGCGAGAAGCCCGCUGAGGUGAAGGUCUUCCGCCACCCGCUGCUGCAGCACUUCAUGCUGUCCGUGUUCUGCAAGCUGCCCAUACAACCCAUGACCCAGAUGGCGCAUCUGAAGCAGCUGCUCAUGCUGCGGAUCAUACUGUCCGUGUUCCAGUUCAGGAUCAACGGCAGGUACGUCACCGGUCAGCCGCCCUUCCUGUACAUCACUCUGGACAUCAGCGACUCGGGUCGGGAGGGCUGUGCCGUAUCCACCCUCACCAUCACCAGCGAGCCAGCGGACUGGCGGGGGGCGGUGGCGGUGGCGGUGCAGGAGAUGCGGCGCAUGCAGCGGCACGGACUCACGCAGGGCGAAUUCGACCGCUACCGCCAGGCCAUUCUGAGGGACUCGGCCCAGCUGGCAGAGCAGGCCAACAAGAUUCCCUCCGUGGACACCCUCAACUUCGUGAUGGAGUCCCUGGCGUGCGGCCACACGGUCAUGGGCCACCGAGAUGCGCACGAGGCCAUGAGCGCGGUGGCGGAGACGGUGGAGCUCUGGGAGGUCAACGCCCUGGCUCGGUCCAUGCUGACAUUCGCAUCCGACUACGGCGCGGAGGGUGCCGUACUGGCCGCCGCUGCCGAGGAGGCCGCCCUGGAGCCGGGUCGGUGGCCCUAUCUGGGCCCUACGCGGUGUACGUCAAUCGUGGCCUGCAUCCCCACUUACGUGGAUGCCUCGGGCGCCUCCGGCGCUAUCAAGUUCGACCCCUCCCCCGCCGAGAUCGCCGCAGCACUGGCAGACCCCUCCCUGGACUGCUCAGCUGCGGAGGAUGUGGAUCUGCCCGAUUCGCUCAUCAGUACGGAGCAGCUCUCGCAGCUGGUUUCGGAGCGGAAGCCCGAGUACGUGCCCGUGGUGCCCGGAUCUGGUAGGUGUGGUGUGACCCAUGGGCCAUGCGGUAUCGUACAGCGCCGGUUAUCUAACGGUAUCUCCAUUAACUACCGCUACACGGAUAACGAACCGCGGGCGGGUCUGCUGCGGCUGAUUGCCAACGGUGGCCGUGUGGCUGAGCGGCCCGGUGUGGGGCAGUUCGGUCGCGUUGUGGUGGGCUCCAGGACGCUGAGCGAGAGCGGAGCAGUCGGACCCUGGGGACGAGAACAGAUUGAGGUGUUUUGUGUGGCCAACCUGGUCAACUGCGCUUUGGAGGCGGAUGAGGAGAACAUCGUCAUGGACUUCCACUUCUCCUCGGUGGACGGGGGCAUGGAGGCCAUGUUCCAAAUGAUACACAUGUUCCUGGAGUCCCCCCGCUGGGAGGAGGGAGCCAUGGACCGGGCCAAGCUGGCUUUCCUGGCAUCUGUCAAGUCCGUCCACAAGUCCCUUGAGCGCGCCACCUCGGACCGGGUGCUAGACUCCAUGUUGGGUCGUACGGAGAGGUGCUUCAGAGACCCCACGCCCGAGGAGCUGGAGGCGCUGACGCUGGAUGGGAUGAAGGCGGCGGUUUCGGAGCUGCUCACGAGCGGCAAUUUCGAGGUGAGCGUGGUGGGCGACUUCGACGCCGCGGAGCUGGAGUCCCUGGCGCUGAGAUACGUGGGCACGGUGGCACCCCGCCCCGCACCCCAACCGCUGUUCGUACACCCCAUCGCGUUCCGAAACCCACCGGUUCCGGAGCGACACCAGACCUGGCACCUCAAGGACUCGGAUGAGCGUGCCGUGGCGUACAUUGGCGGUCCGGCUCCUGCCCGCUGGGGGCCCCUGGGUUACUUCGGAGAGCUCAAGGCACUCAGCGGACCUGUACGACCGCCUCUGCAGACCAAGGCCAUGAUGGACGCAGCGGCUCGUGCGGAUGCGGAGUCCAGUCGCCGCAACCACCCUCUGUUCGCGAGUGUGAUGCUCAUGCUGCUGACAGAGAUCAUCAACUCGCGACUUUUUACCACGGUCCGUGACUCGCUGGGCCUUACCUACGACGUGUCGUUCGAGGUGACCUUGUUCGACCGCAUCCGGUCGGGCUGGUUCAUGGUGCAUGUCACCAGUCAUCCAGACAAGAUCUACGACGCCCUCAACGCGAGUGUGUCUGUACUUCGCGACAUCCGGUUCGCCCCCGUGAACCGCCGGGAGCUGGCCCGCGCCAAGACCACACUGCUCACCCGCCACGAGAGCGACCUCAAGGAUAACGCUUACUGGCUGGGGCUGCUGACGCACCUGCAGAACCCGCACGUGCCGCACAAGACGCUGGAGUGCCUCCGCGACCUGCAGCGAUUGUAUGACGCCGCCACGGUGGAUGACAUAAAGUUCGUGUACGAGCAAUUCAACUUUGACGACGACCACAUCUUUACGUGUGUGGGCACCAGCGGUGAGUGUGCUCCUGAACCUGGUUGGUUGGUUGGUUGGUUGGUUGGUUAG